UGGUUAAGAUGACCGGGGUUGAAUGAAGGUGAUGAUUGUGAGGAACGAAGUCGAUCGUUUAUGUUUUCUGCGUCGAGUACUUGGAAGCUGCAGUGGCGGGAUAUCGUGUGAUGGGAAGAUGCCGACUUUUAGGCUGGAAAGGGGCGGCGCUGUCGUUCCUUUUCAAUUCUUUCGACGCUGUCUUCUACGGCCUUUGGAGUUUCGCUCGCAACCAAACUCGCACAAGUGCGCACCCUAUUUCAUCCCUCAUGAUUGAGGAAUCCGGCGAAGAGCAAGCUAGUGCUUGCUUCCUGGAUGGAGUCUCCUCUGAGAGAGCGGGGCGAGGGGCUUGGAGGAGCAUUGCCUCCCUCAGCAGAAUGGCUCUUCCUCGGGUUCCAAUCAUCAUCAACACGCCCCAUCGUUGGAAUGCCUGUCACUUUCCUCAAUCCUCAAGUGUACAAUUGCCUUGUCAUUUGCCUCAAAAGGAAGACAAGAAGAAGAAAAACCGUGCUUCCUGAUCAUACGUCGACUUUGCUUCCAUCCUGGACUGUGCUGCCCAGUCCUUUUGCAUUCGCGAAUAGGGCGUGCAUCGAAGGGGCGUAGUCGUCCUGCAGCCUUGCGCCUCCCAUCCUUCCCGUGCUGUCGGAAACGCACUCUCACCUGCGACUCGGAGGGUUAGGGGUUCCCCCCCCCCGUAUCGUAUGCAAAGAAGGUCAGGGCAUGCGAACC